GAUACAGCAAAUAUCGAGAGCUUGCAGCAGGUAUAAUGCGGGAAAGAACACACAGGAAUAAGUCGUAUGGUGCAAGUGGGGGAUGCUGGUUCUCAAAGACUUGUACUACCACACACUUUGAGGGGAGUUUGCGAGAUGGCUAGGCUCUGGAGGAUCCCGCGAACCUAAGCGAUCCUGCAGGUUGCUUCGGAAUGUAAACUGCAGUUAAUAUAAAUGACAUGCGAGAAGAGAAAGAGGCUUGCCCCGCGAUGAAAACGAGAUUCUUUUAAUCGAUGUAAGCUUCCACGUGAUUGUGUGAAAGCAUCCCGCCACCCGUUUUCUGCUAUAGUAUAAGGUAGAGACCUAUGUACCUAGACAUGACAACACCGUUGUCAAAACACCAGUCUCAGUUCAUAGAGAUGUUGCCAUGGCUAAAUUGAGCCAUCAUUUUGGAAGGCAGUAGUCACGUGGCUACCACAUUUGCUUAAGCGAGCGGCAGCUGCUUGUUCUUUUCCGAUGCAACAAUGGAGGAAUUACUUCUGCUUCUAGCACAUCUUCAUAUUCAGCCCGGGAUAAGGUUUAUGCAAUACUCACAAACAGCAAGCACCUAUCCUGGAACGACCUAAAUCAUUCCAGCCCGGUGGUCGGGUUACCAAAAUUGCAAUAUACUUCAGUACUUGCUCCUUUUUCUCGGAAAAACUCGAAUGCCGAUCUGGGGGAAGUGCGGGGUUGAUUUGAGGGGGAGCUCGCCAUGAGACAUUGUAUCCUAGUGCCCCGUUUAUCAAGGAUUUGUAUCGCUAUGAUGACGACCUUAAUGAGGGAGCGAGGCUUGUCCAUAUAGUGAGCUUGUUACCAAAUCGAGUGCGGAGGAUGAUUCUCCGAGAAGCUGGCCUGGAAAAGUACCAGAGCAGUGGGUCACUCCAGCAUAAAUCUUCAAUGGUUUUCGUAUGCUCUCAUAGUUAUGGAGAAGUUUACAUGCACCCAUGGCUUCAUUUUGGGACUUGGUAUAGUCCCACCUGGUUACUCGACCAAAGUCUACAAUGUCUCCGCCGCAACGUCGACUUUAACAUAUGAGUACACCGAUGAGGAAUUGGCGUUGCUAUGGAAUCAAGUAGGAAAAAUUGCAGUGGGGCCUAUCACGACCACAGUUUUCCCCACCCCAGAACCAUCCGCGUAUCCUAGACCAGGAGUGAUGCACCCUAUGGUUCCCUCAUACGCACCGUCUCUUAUUGCUGAUAAACUGCCAAAAGACUUCGUUUGGGGUCUCGCUUCAAGUGCAUAUCAGAUCGAAGGAGCAGCGAGAGAUGAAGGAAAAGGUCCAUCAAUAUGGGACUUGAUAGCACAUCGAGAUUAUGGUGCAGUUGCAGACAAUUCCACUGGCGAUAUUGUUGCAAGCCAUUACUGGCUUUACAAACAGGACUUUGCUCGUCUUGCGAAUCUAGGCAUUCCAUAUUUUUCUCCAUCUUUCUCGUGGCCCAGAUUCUUCCCAUUCGGAAAUGGUCCGGUGAACAAGGAGGGAGUCGCUCACUACGAUGAUGUGAUUGCGAGUAUGGUAGAACUUGGAAUCAAACCUGCCGUGACAUUGUUUCACUGGGAUACCCCAUUGGCACUCUUCAAUUCAUACGGAGCUUGGACAGACCCAAGGAUUGUUGAUGACUUUGUGUCCUAUGCCAAAUUCGUCAUCUCACGAUAUGAUGAGCACGUUCCAAUCUGGUAUACAUUCAAUGAACCACAAUAUUGCAACUGGCAAUACAGUUACUAUCCAGCAGGAAACGAAAAAGGCAACUACCCCGCGUACCACGGAAUAACAGGUGGUCUCGAAGCGCGUAUUGCAUGCAGCCACUACACGAUUUUAGCUCACGCCAAGGUAGCAAAAUGGUACCACGGGGAGUUCAAAGGCAAAGGUCGCAUCACAUUCAAGAAUUCGGGAAAUUACUACGAAGCCAACGACACAUCCUCAGCAGCAGACGUCGAUGCCAGAGCGCGAAACUAUGAAUUCGUACUUGGGUGGUUCGGUGGUUGCUGGCGAGACGGCGACUACUCCGCCAUGUUGAAAGAGACGCUUGGUGAUAUGCUUCCCGAGUUCACUGCCGAGGAGUUAGAAUUGAUCAAAGGCUCCUGUGACUUCUUUGCUAUCGACCCAUACACUGGAUACUUAGCCACCAGCAUUGAAGGCGGCUCAGCAGCUUGUGCUUCCAACUCGAGUCAUCCUGACUUCCCAGAAUGCGCAGGCAGUUCGAGCUUAGCAGCAGAUGGCUUUCCUCUGGGUCCUACAGCAGAUAACGACGUAAGCUGGUUGUACAGCACUCCUAUCGCGGUUCGGAGAUUCUUAGGCGUCAUCACAAAAGAGCUCUUUCCUACGGUAGGAGAUGUCGUGGUCUCUGAAUUCGGAUUUGCGGAGCCAUUUGAGGGAGAUCAGAACAGUCUGAGUACCAUCUUGUGGGACUUGCGAAGAGCCGAUUACUAUCAAUCAUACUUGGAUAACAUUCUUGCAUCAAUCGUAGAAGACGGUGUCAACGUCACGGGGGCUUUCGGCUGGGCGAUCUUCGACAACUUCGAAUGGUUUGAGGGAAGCCAUACGAAGUUCGGCUUACAGUACUAUAACCAGACUUCGCUGGAGAGGUAUCCGAAAGCUAGUAUGUUCCAGUUCUUGGAUUGGUUCAAAGAGAAAGGAGGCGCGGUUUUGGAGGGGGCUGGAUCCGCAGGUGAGAAUGCCAGUGCGAUACCGAGAAGGUAGCUAGCUGCCUUAGAUGAGAUCCACUGUACACUUUCGAUACAUACUCGCUGCAAUAAUGGAAGUGCCAGAAUUAUUAUACCGUGACCUCACGCUAUGCUGAACAUGUAAGUGACCGGCUUGGAGGCAACUCUUACCAAAUUGCCUUUACGUGUCGAUAUGUUAAGAGUAAGUAUUUCGACUACACCAUCUUCACAAAGGUUUGUUGGACGCAGAUUUCGAUAUGAGGACGAUGAAGCAUAUGAGGCUGAGCCUUUUGCGAUUUAUGAGUUAAGAAAAUCUCUCCACUGGCCACAGCACUGCCAGGAUGAGAAGGGAGAAGAAGAUAUUGGAUUUGGCAUUUGUGGCGGUACCUUUAAAGUCGUAUUUUCAACCCUCUUAUAUUACUACGAAACCGCCUCUAAUAUUGUUUUUGAAUGCAUCAAAAAACUAAUUGUACUUUAAAUAAUAUCUCUAUUAUUCAAGAG